AUGCCUCGACCCUCGAAUAUUCUCGCGACUCUCGUAAUUGCCUUGGCGGUCUUGUUUUAUCGGGCCCGCUACUUGAUCCCGAAUGUCUUUUUACCGAAGCCCAGCUUCCCGUCCGAGUAUUACUAUGGCAAGGGUGCAUGCCACACCGUCCAGCAUCCCGGAGUGUCCUCGUGCGAAGAUGGACGCUUCUGGGAGAACACUGAUACUGGCGAGAGACGGUUGUUGCUCAGUUGUGACCCCGGUCGACGAGGAUGGAACACAGUCCUUGGCCCAUUACGUGACCCCACGCCCCGUGGUGCCCUGUGGUUGUCGGACUUGAGCACGCAUAAUCUGCUCAAGAUCGAACUCGUUGACUUCCCGAAGCAUCAUACCUUUCACCCACUCGGACUCGAAGCCUCUCCUGCCCGUACGGGUCGGACUUCACGACUCUUCGUGGUGAACCACGCUCGCAAUGCAAGCGUCAUAGAGGAGUUCACGCUUUCAUGGGACAAGCCCACAUCGGCACGUUGGAUCAGGACACUCGACUUGCCGACUCUCAAUACGCCAAACUCACUGGCACUUACUUCGAACGACUCUUUCUACGUGUCCAACGACCAUCAUUUCGCUCUUCGACACGAACUCGUAUUGAGCAAGCUCGAGACGUUCCUCGCACUCCCUCUCAGUCACGUAGAGCAUGUCGCCGUACCUGCUCCAGGCGAUGACGAGCAGCCAGUCGCUAUGACGGUAGCGGGCAGCAUUCCCUUCGCCAAUGGCGUGGCAAUCUCCAAGGACGGAAGGGUCGUGGCGGUGGCGUCGACUACGGGCACUGCGGUGCAUAUAUACGCCAGACACAUCCCUUCAAAUGCCCUCAUCCCCAAGGAAGAGAUACUCGUACCCUUCGCCCCGGAUAACUUAUCGUUCGAUGAUGAUGGCGUUCUCCUGGUCGCAGGACACACCGACUUCCCAGCACUCAUUGGCAUGUCGAAGGACAAGCCGGGUGUACGCGGUCCGACCUGGGUGAUCUCUUUGCGCCCGACUCCAGAGUCGGAGCUCGUGGACAAGGUAUUUUGGGACACGAGGGCGUCUUUCUCAGCGUCUGCGAGAGUUCCACCACCACCUUCGGGUUGGAAAAUGGAGACGCUCUACCAGAGCAGCGGGCAUGGCGGCUUCGCCUCCUCCACUACCGCUCUUCGCGACACACGAUCCGGUCGUCUGAUUGUGACGGGCCUAUACGAAGAGGGGAUUCUUGUGUGCGACUGA